AUGUACGAUACAUCGCAUGCUCUAUUAAAUGUAUUUACUCCUAUUGCCGCUGAAUUUUUAUUGACUACAUCUAAUGUUGUUUUGCCGAUAAAUGCAUCUCAAGCACGUCGAAUGCAAUUCACAACGGAAUACUUUAUCGAUCAGGAAAGAUAUUUCUCUUUAAUUCUGUUACAUAUAAACGCAGCAUUUUGCAUAGGAUUGUUUGCAGUAAUAGGGAUAGGAACAAUGUUAUUUGCGUAUCUUCAAUUUACAUGUGGAAUGUUUAAAAUUUCCAGUUAUCGUAUUGAACGCGCAAUGAAAAUCAAUAUGUUGAAAAAUAUUACUACAAAGAACGAGAAAUUCAUAUUCGAAGGAAUAAUUUGUGCUGUAGAUAUUCAUCGACAAGCUAUGAAAUUGUCCGAACUGUUGAUAUCUAAAUUUGAGAUAAUGCUGCUCUGUCUAAUAGCAGUUGCAGUGACUUCUCUGAGCAUCAACCUCUUCCGAGUAAGUUUCGCUAAAAUCUCUAUUUUUCGAGGAGUAUUUAAUAUCCCACAAUCUAGUUCUAUAGUAAGAGAGAAUGUACUUUUAUACUAA